AUGUCGGCCGAACUCACCACUAUACUGCUGUCGUUCCAGCCAGACAGUCCAGACCUCGCAAAGCGGCGCGAAUAUGAUUCGAAGGCUCGUUCAUUUGUCUCGCAACUGAACAAUAUCCCGUCAUCACAAUGGACCAAGAGCGCAAAUACAACCCAAGACGUUCUUUCGAUACUCAACCCCGCCGUGAACUCAAUAGCAUACGCCUUUGCUCUCCGCCACCGCAUCUCCGCCAUCCUCGAGAAGAGAAACGUACCCGAUACACUGCAGCCCGGUGGUACGUUAUGGAAUCAGCUGGUGCUCUUCCUGGAGACUGCAGACCCUAUACAACUACGCUAUGUUGGGAAAGAGUGGAGAUACCUCGUCGAGCAGACCGAGGCGAUUGCGCGGGCAUGCGAUUCUGCGAGCCUGGCUAUUGCGCCUAUGCGGUCGGCUAUGACUCGACUCGAUGCUUCCACGGGCACCUUUACCUCAGUCCACCUUUCCUUUAUACGCCUUUGCAUGGAGACGCGAUCGUACGCGGCCGCCGAACCAAUUCUCGACAACUACAUCCACAGCAUUCCCCAGAAGAUUGCCAACGUUGUCCGUGACGGCCUCGAAUACUCGGUACCAUGUGCGGACGUCGCGAGCAGCGGGGAAUACAUACAUCAGAACUCUGGACAUUCAGACAAGGUGUCGCUGACGGAUAUAGAAGAGUACUAUGUUCUAGGUGCUCAGGUAUAUCUGGGCCUUCGGCAAUUCAAGAAGGCGAAGCAAUUUCUGGAGCACGUGCUGGUUAUACCUACGACCAAGACAGCGAAUGGCUUGAUGCUGGAGGCGUACAAGAAGUGGGUGUUGGUGAGCUGUCUCGUAGAGGGAAAGGUGGGCACUGCACCACGGACCUCGAACGGAAGCGCGAUCAAAGAUAUCAAGGCUGCGUCGAAAGCCUACGAAGCCCUGGCGGACGCAUAUGAGGAGCUGGACAACAUGUCGAAGCUGAAGGCUCAGGUGCAAGCUGGUAGUGAGAUAUGGGCAGAGGACGGCAACGCUGGUCUCGUCAACGAACUCAUCAGCAGCCAGACACGGGCUUACGUUUCGCGGCUGUCACGGACGUACUCGGCAAUUCCAGUCUCAAACAUCGCGCACCAUCUGGGGGCACCUGCUGAUGAGAUCGCCGGAUACAUCGACACAUUGAUCAAGGAUGGGCACUUGAACGCACGGCUAGAGGAGACGGACAAGGCGAAUGCGGGGAUCGUACUACGUUUCUUCUUGGACCCAACGCAAGGACCUCUGGCCAAGAGCGAGAAGCAGCAACAGCAAGCGCUGUUUGAGCAGACGCGCCGUACCAACAUGCUCGCCGAGCAAGUCAAGGACGCCGACUACCGAAUGACGCUUACCAAAGAGUACGUCGAGAAUCAGAAGCGGCUGAACAAGAGGCAGACCAACAACAGCGAUGCCAUGGACACGGCGUGGGACGACGGCCUCGAAGCUGAAGAGGACAUGAUGACAGAUUUGCACUGA